AGCCAUUGUAGAACCAACGGCCACUUUAAUCUAGCUUCCGGUUCCAACACCUGCUUACAUAUUUUCCGUUCUCUCUCUCUCUUCCGUCGAACCCUCCAACGUCUCGAAAACUACCACUUAUGGCAGCUCCGGUAGCUGAAGAAGACAGCUUAGCAGUAGAAAAUUCCAAUCCCCCUCUUGCAAAAAACUACUUGGGAAGCCCCAAUUCUGCAGAAGACUACAAUAUUUUCUCUCAGUUAACGAAAACCUUUAAUACUCAGCAUAAUGAUCCAGAUGCGCCUUCAUUGUCUAAACGGAGAAAGUCGAAGCCGACUAGAUUUGAGGUCUCUCCAACUGAAGUACAGACAGAACGUCCGCCUCCGAAGAUUAACAUCCCAGUAAGCAAGACUUCAACUCCAUCUUUGAGUUUGAAGAAAGUAAAGUCUUCUUCUACCAAAAGCUCCAAAUCUCCAACUCCAACUUCACCUGCAAUGAUUCUUGCAACUGAGUUUCAAUCAAGCCUUGGAACCGAGUUUCCUAGCUGUGUAAAGCUGAUGGGUAGAUCACAAGUCACCCAAGGUUUCUGGAUGGGCCUUCCAACACCAUUUUGUAGGUCAUUUAUGCCAAAAGAAGAAACUACAUUUGUACUUGAAGAUGAAAAUGGGGAGAAAUGUGAAGUCAAAUAUAUCGCAUACAAAAAUGGGAUUAGUGCAGGGUGGAAAAGUUUUGUGGUUGCACAUGACUUGACUGAAGGAGAUGUUUUGGUCUUUCAUUUAAUCGAUGCUUUCAAGUUUAAGGUGUACAUAAUAAAAGCAAGUGAAUCGAAUGAAGUUGAUGGUGCUCUUAGCCUUUUGAAUUUGGAGGCCCAAAAUGAUGAAAACCCUCCAGUUACUCCAUCACCUAAACCAAAGAAACGCAAGCACCCGAAGACGCUUUCUUUAACCAUGGUAAAAGAGAAGCAUAAAAAGUCAACCCCUUUAUUAGUCAAAGCUAUUGAGAUUUUAGAACAUUCCGGAACCAACAAAGAAGAUAUUGGGUCAGAAGUUCCAGAACCUUCCACCACACCCUUCCAAGACCUCAAAUCCUUUGAACACUUUCGCAUCAAAAUCAACGGUCAAUGCAUCAACUCUGAGCUUUCGGAAGAAGUCAAACUAGGUUACUAUAAAUUAUGCAUUCACAAAAAACAAUUCCUCCACGAUGGUGUUCACAAAAAUCUAUAUCACAAACUCGUAGCAGGCAUGAUUGGUGAAACUGUAAAUAUUGCAAAAGAGAUCAAGAACUGCAAGCUCAUGAUAAGUAAGGAGGAACUCGAAGCUUGGGAUAAUACCUUGAAGUCUUUUGAGAUUUUGGGGAUGAAAGUUGGGUUUUUGAGGGAUAAAAUACGUACACUUGUGAGACUUGUUUUUGAGUCGGAAUUUGGGGUGGAUUUAAAAAGAUAUGUGGAGGCGAAAAAGAAUGAGAAAUUAGUUGAAGAUGAGAUUAUAAAAGUUAAAGCGAAGCUUUUGGAGUUAAAGAUAAAGGCCAAGGGGCUUUUAGGGUGUUUGAAAGAUAAGGUCGAGAAAUAUAUGAUUGAGUUUCAGGAUGAGGUUGAUGUGCCGUGGUAGGAAUUUAACAAUGUUAACUAGGGGUGUUCAAUAAACCACAUGAACCGUCCGCACUGGAUAACGCGGUUUAAUACUUUCGUGGUGUGGUUUACGGUUCGUUUAUAAUGUGAAUGGAUAUCUAUUGUACGGACAUGUGUGGACAGUGUUAUUCUAUGAGAAUGACUAAGAGAUAAAGUUGUUUAGUAAUGUGAAUACGUUCAAGAUCACACAACUAUCGUCAUUAUCAUGUAUUCUCACUAAUUUUUAUUCAUUUUUGUUCUCAAACAUCAUUUUUUACUCA